UAUAGCGGGGACAGAAACGAGUGACAGCUAAAACGUUUGUGUCUCGGAGUAAGGAUAGCCAUGCCGUGUUUUCUUCUCUUCACGAACGUGGCAGCAAGUGCCAUCCCAAAGGGGUUUCUGUCUGAAACCACAAAGAUUAUCUCCAAAGCCAUUCGGAAACCAGAAAGUUAUAUAACGGUAAGGAUUCACCCAGGUCAGAUGAUGACCCACGGGGGGACGUCGGAACCAUGUGCCAACUCCGAGCUCCAGGCUAUUGGACACAUAAGUGCCGAGGAAAACAUACAGAUGUCCAAGGAAAUUUCAGAAUUCCUAAAAAGCAAACUUGGUAUUGACAAUACAAGGAACUACAUCAAAUUCACCAACAUGGAGCUGUGUGAGGUUGGGUAUGGUGGGACCACGUUUGGGGAGCUGGUGAAAGACCCGAAAUGGGCGGCUUUAAUGUAACCUUCAAAGACACCAAUCAUCACAUGAUUAUCUGUAGUGUCAGUAGUGAGGAGUUGUCACUCUCAACCUUAUGAUUAAAAUGUUCUCCACCAGCAGCAUCUGUGUGAUGAGUAGUGUGCGAAAUAGCCACUGGCCCGCUAGCCCGGGACUAGUAAAAGUCUAGUCGGACCAGAAAAUCUCCACAGUCACUGACCCGACUGGCUUGUGAAUUUCCAUGGGUCAUUUUUUAAAUAUUUGACUCUCUCGGACUUGUUAAGUUAUAUUAUACUUUUUAAUCAUGCAAGAUUGUGGCCUGAUAAAUAAUGGUAUUUUACCUUUUUUGUAAUCUUUUCUUAGUUUCUACAUUCAAAUUUCGAGCUGUGAAUUAUUUUGAGGGCUGGUAACUUUCAGGCAUAGCUAGCACGACUGGCUAGCAAAGUUCGGAAACUGUUUCGCACACUGGUGAUGAGUCAAUGUAACAGGAGAGCACCUACUGAUGUAAAGCUUCUAGGAAUCACCACUGAAGUAGGGGCGUUAAAAUGUAUCAGGUCGUUGUAUUUCCCUUUAACAUACUAAUGCUUAUUCUGCUGAGGUAAUUUGAAUAAUGUCAUGAAGCAAAAUAAAACGGUUAAUUAAAUACAGUUACAUUUUCAAAAGGCUUUUAUAUGACCUGUACGGGUUGCAUUGUCAAUUAUCUAUACUUUCGUAAGGAACUAUUAUUUUCAGUCGCGAUGAAAAAUAUCUUACAUAUUAACAUAAUUGAAUCAGUCGUUUGUUCCAAAUUCAAAUCCAGUGGUAAAGGACACGGCCCUGUGGGAUAUGCAGUUUUCCAGUUUGAUGUGCGAACAACCUGGCGUUUCUUCCCAUGGCCUUCCACUCCAAACUAUGAAGGAUGCUUUCUGUAGAAUUAUCUUUAAAGAGGAACCAAUAUGCGGAAAAGUCAAGAUGGAUUUGAAAAUUGUAUAUUUUAAUACAGAUUUAUUGAUUUUCCUGUAUUGCUAUUAGAGAGAAUUAUGCAGACUGUGACCAACUAGAUUUGUAUUAAACAUGUGCAACUGGAA